AUGGCGCAGCCGCCGCCGCCACGGCCGGAACUGGAACGCGAGGUCUGGCUCGCUUGCGCUGGUCCCUACGCCCGCCUCCCCGACACAGGCUCCCGGGUUUACUACUUCCCCCGCGGUCACGCCGACCAGUGCCUCGGCGCCGGCCACCCUUUCGUCCCUGUUGUGACCAAGGACGCCGCCUUUCCCUGCACCGUCUCUGCAGUCGAGCUCUUCUACCACGCCGACACUGACGACCCCUACGCGAUCAUCACCCUCCUCCCUAACGAUGGGCAAGGGCAAGCGCAAGCGCAACCCUCCGACCACCAGAUCAACCCCACCGACGACAGCAAGUCCGCCGCAUAUUUCGUCAAACAGCUGCCGUACGAUGAAGCUUUCGUUGUCCCAAAGGCCUGCGCCGAGUCUCUCCACCUAAGUUUCAACCACAACAAGGAGAAGCAGACUCUGGACCUGCUCGAUGUGCAUCGAAGGGAGUUGCAGUUCGGCCUCAGCGGCGACGGUCGCCUCACCACCGGCUGGGAUCAGUACCUCCGGGACAAGGAGCUGAACCACAUGGACGCCGUCGUCUUCAUCCGCAGCGCGAACGGCCAGCUUAUUAUCGGCUGGCGACGCGGCACAUUGUGCAGAUACCACGCGAGCGAGCAGAUACAGGACGUCAAAAAAGCGUCGACGGCCGCGAGAGUGGCUGGAGGGCCGUUCAGGGUCACCUACUACCCGCGGCAGGGCUGGGACUUCGUGCGGCCGAGAGAAGAGGUGGACGCCGCGAACGCACGGAACAUCGAUUGGCGGCCUGGGAUGAAGGUGCGCAUGGUCUGCCCCGUGGACGAUCACGAGCUAGAAUCGAGCAGGGCCCAAAGGCGGAACUCCUACGAAGGCAUCGUCGCCGCCGUGAAAAACAAAUACUCCACCUGGUGCAAACUUGAGAUAAAUUGGCAAAUUAGCUGGUGGUCACCGUCACCAGAAAGUAAAGUCCCUGCAUGGCGAGUUGAAUUGCAGAGAGACCCAUCUCCCACGAAUAAGCGUAAGAUGUCACAGAGUCACGACUUCGAUGCAGACCAUCCAUCCUCGAAGUCCAAUGUACCUUGCCAAAUGCCGGGAGCAACGACAGCUCAGUACAUGGCGGGUUCACCUAUUGCUGCCGGCGUGCAGGGAGGCAGGCAAGUUAGCAUUCCUGAUGCACUCUCUUCGUCAUGUACACCAACAUCAGAAACGCUCUUUGGCGAGGAGAUUGCCCCAACCUCAGGAGUUCCAACUCAGAACAUUGCUUCAUCAUCUAUAGCGAGAUCAAUUAGGCUCUUCAGCGUGAAGAUGGCCUCAGGAGUUGCGCCGGUUGAUGCGACUCCUAAAGACGAUAGCCCUGCGAAAAAUCCACCUGCUAAAGAUGAUGACCAGAACCCCGAUGAGUCAGCGUGAGAGGAUUUUGAGUUUUAGAUGACUGGCUGGAUGAUCCACCGCAAGAAUUUACAGAUC